UUUCUUUUGUUGAUAAGGUAUUUUCUAGUAGAAUUCAAUAUUGAUAGACAUGUUUGAACAGUUUUUUUUUUAUCUUCAAAGUAUUUAUUUUAAGGCAGCUGCUACCAACACACUGAAGCAUUCCGAGACACCUUUUUGCUCCCCAAGACGUGAUGUUCCUAUAAAACGCAGCUUUCCUUCGAGUGCUCAGGCAGAAUGAUAAAAGAAGCGGCAAAAUAAGUUUGCUUUCGUGGAAUUGUGAAAUAUCGCUUUCUAGUCUUAGUCGAACAUCCAACGUAAUUAUCACUGAGGCAACAGGCAAUUUUCCGAAAGCUCCUUUUAACGCCGAAAAUUAAGAUUUAAACCGAACAGUAAGAUGAGAGACCUUAAGCAUCUGCUUUUACUUGCCUUCGCAAUAAUAAACGGCAUCGGAGGGUCACAUUCGCAGAAACCUCCUUUAGGCGAAGGCACAAAAGUGUGCGGUAAUAACGAUUCAUUUCGCAAAAACGUCAAAAUCAAUUACAAAAACGAAGAAGGGAAAUGGCUAUUUCGUCAGCCCUCGGUCAAGGUCUUCAAGGACCUUUUUAUUCAGGAGCAGUAUGCUCCUCUGGAUAGUCACGCGAUCCACGAUGGUGGAGUUUCCUUGGAGAUGUGCAACAGUCUCGAGGAUUUGUUUCGAGCUCAUUUCCGUCAAUUUCAGUUCGAAGGGUUGGAGAAGCCUUGGCAAAUUUUCACUAACGGUUGGUCCGACGAUGACACUGCUGAAUAUUUCGGAAUCCCGCAUCGGUACUUGAACAACGUGAAUUUUUGUUACCUUCUUGUAACGAUUCAAAAAGAACGUGACAGUAAACAGCUUUGGGGCUCGAUAGAGGAUUAUAAAGUGGACGACUCUGUUGCCACUGAAGUGAACAACAUCGACGCAAGCUGCGACGUCCAAACGAGGAACAGAAUUUCCAGCUUUCUCAGUGACGUUGGCUCCCAUUACAUUCACUCUUACACUACUGGAAAUACCCUUUAUCAGGUCUUAGUUUACCCAAAAUCUGUUUACAAUUCCUUCACUAUGGAACCUUCCAAAGAUAGAUUCGUAAGAAAUUUGGCAAAAGAUUACGAGCGAACUGAAUACCAUGGAACUAUAAAAACAGCUAGUGGAAAUCGCACCGUCGAAGCUUGGGCGCAUCAACAUUUACACGUUAAUCAUUAUGCUAAUCCUUUCGAUGUGUUGUACGAUUACGUGUAUUGGAAUCGAACGAAGUUUCAACAGCUGAGUAGGCAGCUCGAGGAGGAAGUUAUCGUCCAGUUGAAUCUCCGAUCGACGCUUCCAUUGUUCAAAGAACGUGCUCAACGCAACUGCGUUCAGGAAGUUCUUGAUGACGAAUUGAAUAAUUCCAUGUUUUCGGGCAAGAACCCGACGUAAUUCGUUCCCCCUGGUAAGGAUUGAAUUCGGGUUCGAGUGGAUUCUUCAUGACGUCGGAGAGGAAAGAUUUGGAAUAAUUUUGCAGAGAAUAUUUGUUAUUUAGAAAAAGCCUCAGAGUUGGUUGGGUGGCUUUCAUGUGCAAAUAUAUGAAAACCAAGAUCGCUGCUGAUAAGGAUAAUUAUAAGAUAAUUAUGAGCAAAAAGCGAGAAUCGAUUGUUAGCAAUUGCUUAACGAUAAGAUUACAAUGAAUAGCAAAUGAUUAUUGUUUACACACGAAUUUGAUAGCUCGCAAGGCCGGAGUCUGGGCGGUCGAAAACUUUACAAAUAACGAUGACAAUUACCAUUAGCAGUGAGAAAAAGAAGUUGAGAAAUAUACGAUCGCUCUUCUCCAAACACAUUUCUGACGAGUGCUCCCACUAAAAGUAAUAAGAGAGCCUCACAUAAAUCUUCCAAUCAAAUUACAAUAACCCGUAAGAUGCUAAUUAAAAUGAAAAUUCAUAAAAUAACGAAUAUCUUUGUCCUAAGAAACAACGAUGAGAAUAAAAAAUGAGAAACCGAAAAAAUCCCUAUGCGAAAGAAAAACUUUAAAUUAAAAAAAAAAUAAAAAAAAAAAACAAUGAAAAAAAAAAUGAUUUUUGCCUACUCUACAGGAUUUUGCCGAAAAUGUUAAAUGCCGAUUCCAGAAUUCAGUGACUUUUGUGUAAGUGGUGUAUUCGGUGGCGAUAACGAAAGUUCAAAGAGUUUCUCGUAUUCGAUUUAUUACUGACAAGCAGAUGCGAUAACGACAUAAAUGUCUCGAAAUUUCUAUAAUAAACGGUGCCUUAACUAGUUCAGAUAGUAGUUGAGAGAAAAAGUAUGAGACACGUGCCGAUUAAUCUCUCAUGGGAAAAAUUGAGCGCGACUCGUCCGUCUCAUGAGGCAGGCGACCUUGUUGUUGUAAAACUCUGCAUUCAAAUGUAAAUGAGCGAUUGUAUUAAGUAGAAAUAAUGAGUCACAAAGAGUCGUUGCGGGUUGGACACUUACUGGGCGUUUCAUAUUUGCAGCUUGAAAUUUGCAGUUCGCAUAUAUUUUUGAAAUGGAUCGACCUCGUCAUCGUAAAACUUCACUCGAGUUGCACAAUUGUUUCAAAGACUUAAAAGUACUCAGAAGAUGCUCUGAGUCACUCUCAGUACCGAGAAUGAAUUAUUCAUCGCAUCCAAAGCUCUGAUUUUGGCGGAAAAUUUCACGAACCUGCCACCAGGAUUUUCAAGGUCAGUGAGCAGCUGCCAAAGACUCACUGCCCCUACAAUGACGCUCCGACCAAUCACAGCUUUCGUUGAAGAGUGCAACGCCGCACCAAGCGAGUACCAAAACAUCAUUGUCCCCCCUCCCCGACACCUCGAAAAGCCUAUGGAAAGCCAGCACCCUGAUUUCCAUCGGAUCUGCUCGAUCCAGUGAACAAUUGACAGCAGCAUCGUAUGCCAGGUGCCAGUUUGCAUCGUCUGAAAAGUUUGAUUGACUUUACUUUGAAGAAUUUCUGUCCAGUCAAGGGACGAUAAAAUUGGGAAAAAUCGGGAUUUGAGUGAAAUAAAUCAGCAAGUGUUAUCAAGUGUUUGAUCUUCCACCGCAGAAGUUGAUAUAGCCAGGAUGGAUUUGAAUAUCAAUGGUUACAACAUCGUGAACUUCAGCAUACUUGGAGCAUAUGGAAAUUACGUGUAUCUUGGAGCAAAAUGGAAGAAUGAAACAUUUUUUGUUUGGAUAAAACCUGAACAUCCGGAUUCAGAAUUACCAGAAAUGUGGCAAGAUCUUGGAUAUCAAUGGCAUGGCGACGAAUUGUACUUAGAAAAUAAAAAACAGCCGACUGUAUCACUAGAAAUGGCUUUGAGAAUGUUUUAUGGAUUUAUUAUGAUGACACAGAGAAAAGCUAUACUCGUUUCUCAUUCUGCGGAUUUCGAAGUCAUGGCUCUCCUUCGAGCCUUUCAAUACACGGGAGCAGGUGACAUGUUUCGUGACUGUAUAGACGGCUUCGCAGAUUCCCUUCUGAUUUUAAGAGCCAAAUUGCGCGAUCGGAAACACCUCAGUCAAUUUGGAUUGACGACUCUAGCAAAAGAUUUACUUGGGAAAGAAUAUUCAGGAGUAGUCGACGAAGUGGCACUUCUUUUAGAUGUUCUGGCGGAGCUUACAACUGAAAUCAUAGAACCAUCUGAUUUCAAAGGGUUCAUUACACCCUACGAAGAAGCUCUCACAAAUGAAACUAUAGAAGAAGUCUAGACUGUAUCUGACGGUUCUAGAACAUCAACGUUCUGCAACCGAUUUCUUUGUAUUAUUUAUCAACGAAUAAAAUUUUAACUGGUGCAAAGAA